UCGAAUUCAAUUCAUUCACUAGAAACAUAUUUUUUGAUACGACUGAAAGAUUAUGAAUGUGUUUAACGAUAUCGUGAAAAUUGUGAAUCAAAUUCGUGGCAAAGAGAAUAUCUUCGGAUACAAAUCGACGAUCGCGAAUCAAUUUUAUUUAGUGUACUGCUUCAUGGGAGAAAUCUACUUCAGCACCAAGUUUCAUCGGCACACCAAAUUUUUUAUGUUUUCGUGGCAGAUCUCUGGGCUUUUAGUUGCUAUUUUUCAACAAGUAUCUUACAUAUUUUACGGUGAUAAGAAAGAUUUCGCAGCUCUGUUAUACACAACAUUUAUAACUCUGACUGUUUUCGCAACACACAUUAUAAUACCAUACUUCUCAGUAAUUCGUUAUCGCAGCGAUUUACAAAACGCGAUCCAAAUAGCAGAUCGCAUAAUAAUGAGAAAAAAAUCACCAAUCCAUAAACCAAAAGAUGAAUUAAAUGUUGGAAAAUUGCUCAAAUAUACCUCCGCAUUCCAUAUCUUUACUGGAUUGAUAUUUUGUUUGAUUUGUAAUUUGAAUAUAGUACUUUUUUACGAAGAAGAAAAAGUUCAAAAUCAUGUUUACUACCUCGUCUAUGUGCCAAGACUUGACCUAUACGGAUCUUUGCCAUUUUUUCUAAUCUUCAACACCGUAGUAGGUUUUGCUGCUUUUGCUGUGUACGCAGGCUGGCUCAUGAUGAUAUUUAUAUUGGUGUUCUGCACUGUUAUAUUUUACAAUGAAAUGCUUCGAAUCACCGAAAACUUAAAUUUUCUAAGCUCCGAGUCCAUGACUAUUGAAUCUUACAAGCUUAUUCAACCAAAAUUCAAAGACACUAUAAUUAAAUGUACAAGAGACUUUCAGAACGCAAUCAAAAUGAUCGAAUGUUUUCGAGGAUUUUAUGAAACGUUAUCUGCCCUUAUAUUACCAACUGCACUUAACAUUGAGAUAACAAGCGCUUUUCUUUUCGUGUCGGUAAGUGUACUGCAGUACGUACAUAGAUAUACUUGAAAUAUACCUACCCGGAAGGCACAUACCUUUUUUUUUUUUUUUUUUAAAUUGUUUAUUUGGGAAUAGAAUUGACAUCUUAGAAUAAUUUCUACCUUACAUAGACAUUACCUUCCAUCUACUGCUACUCAUUUAAUGAUUUUUGUUUUUAAAAUAUCGUUUUACAUAGCCUGACAUCUCAAACACAGUACGACUUCGAGAACUAUCUGUUCUUCUCACAACAAUGCAAGUACAGGGUGUUCCAGAAUAACCUUUCACAUUUUGGUAACCACUGAUCUGUGUUCAAGUGGAGCUAGGGGAAUGGUAAAGGCGGUUCUAGGUAGCCAAAGCAUGCCGAAUUAUGUUUCAAUAGUUAUUUUUUGCCCUGGAGAAGUAGAUGGCUGUACAGUGUGCUUUUACUGUGAAGGCCUUUUUUAAAAAUAAAGGUUCCUGUAACUCUUUACUCCUUACUCAUCAGUAACGAAGCUCAUUUUUAUCUAAAUGGUGAAGUGAAUAAUUGGAAUGUGCGCUUCUAGUGUACAAAGAAUCAGUUGAUAAUACUUGAGAAACAUCUAAACCUCCGCCAAGUUGACUGUUUGGUUGGGCGUGGCUAAAUUCGGUAUAGUGGGACCAUGUGUGUUUAACGAAACAGUAACGGUGAGGGGUAAGGCAAAAUGUUAAACGAGUUUCUUGUUCCAAACUAAAAGACAGACGCGAUGUAAUAGAGUUACUUACUUCCUUCCAACAUGUUGGAACUACCAGGGAUGUACACAUAUGUUUAGCGCGUGAGCACUUCGGUCAUCAAAUAAUUUUGUUAUGGUCGACGUGUUGAACCAGAAAUUUAAUGGCCACCUUGAUCCCCUGACUUUUCAGCCUGCGAUUUUUUUUUAUGGAGUUAUUCCAAGUCAAAAGUGUAUCGAGAUAAAUCUAGGACUCUGAAACAGCUUCUAGGUUCAUGAGUCGCAACUGAUUGGAAGAGAAGUGUUCAAUAAUUUGAAAAAAUGUUUGGUUGAAUGUGUCAAAAAUGAAGGAAAAUAUCUCGAUGGAAAAAUUUUUAAAACUUCAUUUUUAAUGAAAACUCAAAUAUACGGUCUAAAAACGGCAUAUUUCUACUUCAUUUUGGUUGUAAAAGAAUUUUUGUAAACAUUUUUCUCUCAGAGUAAUAAAAAAAACAAAUGUGAAAGGUUAUUCUGGAACACCCUGUACUAUACAUAUUAUGUUGGACGGGAGAAAUGCUAAAUGAAUCGGCAAAUGCGGUAUCUUUUGCAGUCUAUUCCACACCUUGGUAUUGGUCCACGUCACUUCGUAAAGAUGUUUAUAUAUUUCUGUGUCAAACUCAAACACCAGUCUCUGGAAAAGCACUUGGAGUUUAUCCUCUUUGCUUGGCAACUUUUUUACGACUCAUGAAUGUUGUACAAUCGUCCGUCAAUGUUUUACGAACAAUUGCUUCAAAAUAAUAAACUGAAAAUGAACGCUCAAAUGGAUUAUUUUUUUGUCAACACAGUCAACUAACAUGUAACUUUUUAUAAGCCGGAGCAAAGCGACCAGGGGAGCAUGGGGGUUCUACUCCUCUGGGCAUUUCUAAAAUUUUUAAAUCAUGUCUAAAAUUGUAAAAAAAACCACUAUUCUAUUUUUUAAACGUAAUUUCUCAAAAAAAAUUUAGCCCUCGUUCUGCUUGAGCAUUAUUUUAGACUUCUCUUGACGUUUCUUAUUCAAAUUUUUCGCUUUUCUGAUGUCUUCAAACAUCUUAAGAAUUCUUUCAAGCAAGCGGAUGUCGAAAAUAUAAUUUUAUUAUUACAGUGGCGUCGCGAUAAGUGAAAAUUCAAGGGAAGAAAAUUUUUGUUUCACUUAUCGAGUUUUUCACAUACAAAGGUUUCAGUUAGGGAGUUUUUUUUUUGGUUAAUUUUCACUUAUCGAAGUUCGGAUAAAAAAAACGAAAAACAUGAAUUGAACAAUAAAAUUUUCCGAUUUUCAGUGAUCAAUUUUGAAUUUAGUUUGAUCAGUCAGUCUUUAAACAGCUCACAGGUCAUCCUUACCUUCUUGUUUGACACAUAAUCCAUUGGAAACGAUUUAACUUUAGCAAAACAUUGAGGCUCUUUUUUUUCUUAUAGAGGCUGAACGAGUCAGUACCUUUCAGUUAAAGAGGUAUUUUCACUUAUAGAGGUAAAACGCAGACAACAUUUCACUUGUAGAGGUAAACUCGAUAAUUUUGGGAUAAAUCCUAGUUUCAGUUAACGAGGUAGCGCUUUUUCACUUAUUGAGGUUGAUUUACACAUAAAAUUGGUCCAAGGUGAAGGGAAGGAGGUUUUUAUUUCACUUAUUGAGUUUUUUCACAUAUCGAGGUUUCACUUAUCGCGACGCCACUGUAUUACCAAUAUUUCAAGAAAGCGCAUUUUCCUAAAUUUAAAUAUUUGAUGACUUUUGAUGAAAUUGACGUAUCAUUUAAAAUUUCAAAACCAGAUAACUGCGCAUUAAAAAAUGCAUCGAAAUGAAGCUAUCGUAGGAAGGUAAGUACAUAUUACCCACAAAGUACCAUGUAGUAGGUAUCGAAAAAACCACACCUCAAAAAUAAAUAUUCAUUCAGUUCAAUUUACUCGGAGUCGGAACAUAUUUUUUCGAUACGACUGAAAAUUAUGAAUGUGUUCAACGAUAUCGUGAAAAUUGCGAAUCAAAUUCGUGGCAUAGAGAAUAUCUUCGGAUACGAAUCGACGAUCGCGAAUCAAUUCUAUUUAGUGUACUGCUUCUUGGGAGAAAUCUACUUCAGCACCAAGUUUCACCGGCAUACUAAAAUAAUUUGGUUUUUGUGGCAGAUUCUUGGACUUUCAGGAGGUAUUGUUCAACUGGUAUCUUAUUUACUGGACUAUAAGAACGAUGUACUGGCACUUAUAUACACUAUAUUAGUGUCUACGAUGGCCUUCCUAAUGUGUUUCCUGAUACCAUACAUAUCAGUGAUUUGCUACCGCGGAAAUUUACGCGAUGCGAUUCAAACAGCUGAUUGCAUAGUUAUGAACAGAAAAUCAGCUAACCGUGAACCAAGCGACGAAUUAAAUUUGGGGAAAUGGAUCAAGUACACUUUUUUAUCCACUUUUUUAACCCUUUCAGCAUAUUGUUUCAUUUGUGAUUUCAGUGUGAUAUUUUUUUACGAAGAGGAAAAAGUUAAAAACUAUGUGUACUACCUCAUUACAGCGCCGAAACUUGAACAAUACGGAUCGCUGCCAUUUUUUUUCAUCUUUAGUAAUGCAACACGUUUAAUAUCUACUUUUUUAUUCAUAAGCUGGCUAAUGAUGCUGUAUAUGUUGGUAUUUUGCACUGUUGUAUUCUACAAUGAAGUCCAACAAAUCAUCGACGAUCUCAACUUGCUCAGCUCCAAUAAUAUGACUACUGAGUCUCACAAACACAUGCACAAUCAAUUCAAGAACACCAUAAUUAAGUGUACCAGAGAAUAUCAAACCGCUAUCAAGUAGGUGCUUAUUGCAAUGUCUUUUAUGUUUAUGUUUUGCACUGUUGCUUUCCAAAAUGAAAUACAAGUCUACAACAAUUCAUUAACCAUUUCUCGGUAACAGUACUACUUUUCUCGGUAAUGGUAUGCCUACCGAGGCCCUGGUCGACCUAUGUGGUCUUAAAUUGUAACGCGGAGAGUCGUCCGUUAUGUCCGCGCUUUUUCUGCGAACUAUCGCGAACCUAACUCCUCAAAUGGUUCCCUAGUUACGCCCAGAAUACGUACCCCGAGCGGACCGGAAUGAAAACCCCGAUCUAUUGCCCUAAAAGACUAUGCCCGGAAUGAAAACCCCGUGCACGCCACGUGAUGAUAACCACGAGCUAUUCUGCACGCCACGUGAUGAAAACCACGAGCUGAGCAGUCCCUUAAUAGGCAAGAGAGAGAGAGAAUGCGAGUCAAGAAAGCAACACAAACACCAGGUUAACAAGAGAGAUGUUAUUUGGUUGUAGGUAUUUACAAGACUAGUUUCUAAGCUGAAUACAGCUUAUAUUUAUAUAAAAACCCUUAAUUCUAUUAACCAAUAGAAAAGAAGCUAGCCUGUAACCUUUUUUCGAUAACGUUGUUUUGUAAUGUAGAUUGUUCAACCAAUCACAUUACAGAAAACUGUAUAAGAAAAAAGGUUCAUUUUAGGUAUAUUGGCUAGUAUUCUUCACUACAGUACUACUUCGUGAUACAUAUACAAAAAAAGCGAUUUUUAAAUAUAUACGUAUCACUAUAGUAUGUAGAGGGUGGAUGUGAAUGCAUCGUACUCGCGAGAACCGCUUUUAGCUACCUGGAAUGCCGUUAGGUAGAGUCAAACGUAAUACAAAGUCAUCUCGCGUUGUCCGAUGCGACCACAGAUACCCCUACACAUUUAAAUUUGUGAGAUCUGAAUUGAAAAUUCAAAAACAUCAUACCAAAAUUUAGACUUUUAGAAAGCUAUCAAGUAAUUUAUCGACUACACUAAACUGACGAAAAUUCUUCACGUUUUCAGAAUGAUCGAAUGUUUUCGAGGAUUUUAUGAAACAUUGGCAGCUUUUCUGUUACCAACUCUACUUUACUUCGAGAUCACUCAUGCCUUUCUCUUCGUAUCACCUAACAUCUCAAUCACAGUAAGACUAAGAGAAUUAUCAGCGUUUCUCACAACAAUACAACCGGUAUUCAUGAUGUGUUGGAUGGGAGAUAUGCUUGAUGAAUCGGCGGAGGCGUUAUCUUUUGCAGUAUAUUCUGCACCUUGGUAUUGGUCCACCUCACUUCGCAAAGAUGUUUACAUACUCAUGUGUCAAACUCAAAAACCAAUCUCCGCAGAAACGCUGGGAGCUUAUCCUCUUUGCUUGGCAACUUUCUUACGUUUCAUGAAUGUUGUGCAAUCAUCCGUCAAUGUUUUACGAACGAUUACUUCAAAAUAAUACCCACGAGCACGAAACACUGAAACUACUGAAAGCGAAUGCACAUUGAUCAUCGUUUGCCAACACAUUAACGAAACAUAUUCAUUAUUUAGUAUAAAUAGUCAUUUUUAAAUUUGAAGUAGGUACCUAGUUUAAUUUGUAGAGUUGUCUGAGUCGAUUGAAAGUGAUUCUAAGCCGUUCAACAGCCUCCAGUAACAUUUUAUAAAUUCCAGUUUUACAAAAAACGCCUUAAAAUUGGUUUAAAUUAGCUUUAAGCAUGCAGGCUCGUGAUUAGGUCUUGUUAAACACUUUUUUUCUUACAUUUAGAGUCGAUUGACGGUAGUUUAUAGUCGUUUUGGGGGCUUUAGCGAUUUUUGGAAAAUCCCAGUUUUCCAAAAAAAAAAAAAACGCCAUAAAUUCUUUCCAAAUCGACUUUAACUCGAUAUGCUCUUGAUUGGGCUUGUCAGUGACCCACAUUACAGAUUACCCACCAUAUUUCUCAAAUCAGAUGUGCUAGGUUGAAACCACACACUAAAAUUUCCAAAAUGUCAUUCGAGAAUCCAGAAAGGCUUGAAACCACCUCCGGUCGACUCAGCAUGUUGAAAUUAGAGUAGAUAAUUAACUUGAUUUGGAAAAAAUUUCAACUUUCAAAAAUCUGCUGAUGGCAACAAAAUUUCUCAAAAAGGUUUGAAACCAUUUCUAAUCGAUUCAGCGAGUCUAAAAUUGGAAAUACCAGUGCAAAUUUUAGCUUUCUCGGUCAAUUUGAUAAAAAUUUUAAUUUCUUAUUUCCUAUGUACUUACAUGAAUUUCAAAAAUUCACCAAACGUCAAAUUUUGACUGGUAGAUACGUACAUAGUAUAUUUUUGCAUAGUCUUUCGAUUUAGCUUUGCAGUGUUCACUAUUGUUUUUACCAAUUGCAUUACGUCUCUCUUAGGCAAGUUUUUCAUAAUUUUUAUUAUGUACCUACAUAGUACAUAGUAUCAUUGUUCUUGAAUAACCACAUACGAAAAAAGUACCUAAAAAUGUUAAUUGAAGGAACAUAAAAAUAGCUUUUUUACUAGAAAAUUUCAUGUCAAAUCUAACAAAAAUUGAAGGAUGUGUCUGUGUCAUCGUUUUAUGUUUCCGUUCAUUUUUUAGGUAGGUAGAGGAAAUGGAUGAUUUGCAUUUUUUUUUGCCUGAGAUAUGAGCAUUUUGAAAUUUUAAAAAUUGGAAUUAAUUUGAAAAUUUUAGAUGCGGAUAGCUUAGAUUGUAAUCUAAUUUCUCUAGCCAUGAAAAUUUUUUCUCGCGAUUAGAGCCAUGAAUAACCACGUUUAUCCUUAGAUGCAUAACCAACAUAAUUACGACAGGAAUCCAUCAUGUAUCAAUGCUAAUAAACUUAAUAGUAACAUUAAUUAUUACACCAAGGUACUUAUUGUAAUAUAUGCAGACCCACUUCCUAUAUCUACAUAUUUUUUUGCAACUGUAGCCCUCGAAUAUAGCAAGAUAAAUGCAUAUGAAUACUUGAAUAGGUACCUCUACCAGUCUACCUAUACAACAUAUAAUAUACCACUUUUAAUAAAUUAUUCUCCUAAAUUUAAAUAUUUCAUGAUUUUUACUUACAAUUAAACAUUUAAAAUCCUGAUAACUGCGCAUUAACAAAUGCAUUACACAUAAACAAGGCCAAAGUACUGCUAGUACUGGAAACAACCAUAAGCACCUUACAAACUAGUAUCUGUUCGGAUUCUCUUACUCAGAACAUAUAAUUUUUCGAUAAGACUGAAAAUUAUGAAUGUGUUGAAUGAUAUCGUGAAAAUUGUGAACCAAAUUCGUGGCAAACAGAAUAUCUUUGAAUACAAAUCGACGAUCGCGAAUCAGUUCUAUUUGGUGUAUUGUUUCUUAGGAGAAAUAUACUUCAGCACUACGUUUCAUCGGCACACCAAAAUAUUUUUGUUUUCGUGGCAAAUUUCUGGAUUUUUGGCAGGCUGUAUUCAACCAGUAUCUUAUUUAUUUUAUGGUGGUAACGAAGAUGCAGCUGCGUUCUUAUACACGAUAUUCGUAAUCAUGAUUAUUGUAUUUUGCUACGUUCUAGUACCAUACACCUCAGUGAUUCGCUACCGCAGUGAUUUACUCGAUGCGAUCCAAAUAGCGAAUCAUAUUAUUAUGAAAAGGGAACUGGAUGGCCAUAAAACGGAAAAGGAAUUGAAUUUGGGAAAAUGGAUCAAGCACAUUGUUCUAUACAACUGUUUAACUAUUUCAGUAUAUAGUUUAAUUUGUUGUGUGAGUGUAUCGCUUUUUUAUGAAGAGGAAAAGGUUAAAAACCAUAUUUACUACCACGUUCACCCACCAAGAAUCGAGCAAUACGGAUCGUUGUCAUUUUUCCUGAUCUUUAGCAUUGUGACAAAUUUAGCUGCUACUUCUUUAUUCUUAAUCCUUCCCAUGAUCUCAUUCAUUUUUGCAUUUUGCGGUAUUGUAUUUCACAAUGAAAUACAAAAAAUCAUCGAAGACCUAAAUUCGCUGAGCUCAGAUCCCAUCACAAUUGAGUCAUACAAAAGCAUGCAACCCAAAUUCAAAAACGCUAUCAUCAAAUGUGUCAAGGAUUAUCAACGCGCUAUCAAAAUGAUUGAAUGUUUUCGUGGAUUUUAUGAAUCAUUAGCAGCUUUUAUAUUGCCAUGUAUGCUUUAUAUUCAGGUCGCUCAUGCUUUUUUCUUCGUAUCACCCAAUAUCUCAAUCACAGUGAGAAUGAGAGAACUAUCUGUGUUUCUUAGCACGAUUCAAUGGGUAUUUGUGCUAUGUUGGACGGGAAGCUUGCUGGAUGACUCGGCAGAGGCAUUGAGUUUUGCUGUAUAUUCUACACCGUGGUACUGGUCCACAUUGUUGCGUAAAGAUGUUUACAUACUCCUGCGUCAAACUCAAAGACCAAUCUCUGCAAGAGCGCUGGGAGUUUAUCCUCUUUGCUUGGCAACAUUCUUACAGUUCAUGAAUGUUAUACAAUCGUCCGUCAAUGUUUUACGAAAGAUUACUUCAAAAUAAUACUAUGAAUGCACGCACAUCGCAUAUUGACUAUCGUUUGCCAGCACACUCGAGGAAUAGGUAUAUCAUUUAUGUUUAGCAUAAAUAUAGUAAUUUUUAAAUUUAAAGUAAAAAUGAAAUUGUAUAUUUUAAGUUUCAUUUGUAGAAUUGGGAGCUUAUCCUGUUUGCUUGACAACAUUAUAUGGCUGCAUUUGUAUUUUAUAAAAACUCGAAAGAUUUCAAGACAAAUAGCAUAAAACCUUCAGUGAAUGCGCUUUGAUUGAAUGAUUGUACCUAUAUAACUUGCAUCUAGUCAUUAUGAAUACUCCAAAAUAACGUUGAUGUAUACCUACAACUUAUUAUGAAUGGUAAAAUGAGCACCUUUUUAUCUUAAAAUAUUCAAAUCAGGUCAUUUUAGUAUUUUUUGAAUAUCAUUUCCACGUUCAAAUAGGUUUGUACGUCACUUUCGUUAUAAUAGAUAUUAGAUAUGUAGGUAUAAUAUGCAGAAAAAGCACCAAUAGAUAUACAAACCUGCAUUUACAACGUUAUGAGUAGGAACCUACCUAGUAGCAAUUAGGUACAAUACCUAGAUAUCUAUUCAUACAGACAAAAUUGUAUGAAACUAUUAAUAAUAAUGUGUUAAGCACUAUCGAAACGCAAUCGAGUACGGUUAUUUAUUCACACUUAUCAACUCGUCACCUCAGAUUUGCGAUUCACCGGCUCUAAUGGAUUUGAAAUACCAAAAUUAUUGUAGGAUUAAAUUCCAAGCUACUCGUGGGUAAUUCUCAAAAAAAGGUAAAAAUCGUGUACAUGGCAAAUUUCUCAAAGGUUUUAGCAUGAAAUUUUUUAUUUUAUUUUUUUGGUACAUUCAAGGAUCAUCUCCCACACAUUUCACAUAUGGUAUUCAGAUUUUUAGCCCCUCCUUUCAUUGGUGUACAUUCGAUUUUAUACCCCAAAUGUCCUUCGACUUGGCUGUCACACGCCAUGUUUUUGAAAAUGAAUGUUAUAAAGUGUCAUGAACUUCAUUUUUUUGGGGAAAAAUUGACACAUUCUCAUUAUCAUAGAACACGAAGGUCCAUUAUUGUGCAAAUUGCAAUUGGAAUAAGUCCAUAGGACGCUCACAUUUCACAUUUGAAAACUGUCACACACUUUUUGCGCAAAUUUUAGAGCAAUUUUCAAUUAUUUUUGAUAGCUUCCCAAUCCAACAUUUUUUUCUGGCGAGUGGCUACACUGGUUCACUGUCCUCAUAAAAACGUUACCCCGCAAUGUUAUUUUCAAAACCUACGCAAUGGCUCGUUCUGAUCGUACUUGUCUCUGAAAAUAUGAUAUUUCGCAAAAUCGGUGUCCUUCGGCUUGCCUUUUUAUUUACCCUGAUGAGCCCGCCAAAAACGAUAAUUAAGAAAGGGAAGUUAUUCUACAUGAUAAGUACACGUUUAUUACGUGUUAAAACUCGAAUAAUGUCCAUUAGGUAAGGCUAGAAACGAAAAAACGUUGAGAUUGUCCUUCGGCUUGUCCAGCGCCCAUUUGUCCUUCGACUUGCCCAAAUUUCAGACAGCUGUACUUUUAUCGCGCUAGUCGACAUAUUAUACGAUAAUACGAGCAAAAUUUGGCAUUUUCUCCCUCCCCACACCUCAUCUCUACCCCUACCAAAAAAAUAAGUCCAGAUUCGAACUUUGCGGCCUGAAAAACAUGAAUCGACAUAUUACACGAUAUAAGCAAAAUUUGACAUUUCCCCCUCCCCACGCCUCACCCUCCACCUCUACAUAAAAAAUAACUCCAGAUUCGAAUUCUACGACCUCGAAAAUAUAUCAAUCGACAUAUUACACAUCGAUGAGGGUCGAAUCCUAAUUAUCGCUGUUUUGGGGGGCCGGGGUCCACAGUGGGGGGGGGGAUUGAAUUGAGGCCAAUACUAGAACAGGGAUCUGGGGCACCUAUACAAAUGAUUCCAACUUGAAAUUUUCCAAAAAAAUGAUUUUUAUUUUUCAAAAUUAUGCACAUCAAAAUUGACCUUUUUUUUUGAGAAUUACCCUCGUAUUGAAAUUGCGAUUACUACGGGUUCAGGGGCGAUUUGAAAUUACUGGAGAGACGUCAACUUUUGUUGAAGGCUCCAGAUUGGCUAAAAAAUGAUGGAAAUCGAUUCAAAGAGUCGACUUCAGGAUUUAGUGAAAGUUUUGAGUAAUUUAUAGCAAAAGUUGAUGAUUUCGGAAUUUUUUAAAAAUUUGCGAUAAAAAAGUUAAUACAAAGUAAAAACGAAAUUGUAUAUUUUAAGCUUCGUUUGUAGAGUUGGGAGCUUAUCCUUUUUGCUUCAUAAUACAUAUGAUAGGUAUGGCUGUAAAAUUUGUAUUUUAUAAAAACUUGGGAUAUUUUAAAACAAAAAGCGUAAAACCUAUAGUGAAUGUGCUUUGAUUGAAUGAUUGUACAGUACCUAUAACUUGUAUGUAUAUCUAGCCAUAAGAAUAAUAAUAUGAGCACUUUUUAUCUUAAAAUAUUCAGAUUCAGUCAUUUUAGUAUUUUUUUAAAUACCAUUUUCACGUUUCAAAAACUUCACUUUUAUUACCUAUAAUAGGUAUACCUAGUACGACUUACGAGUAAUAUGCAGAAGAAGCACCAGUAUGCAAACCUGUACUUACAGUGUUAUGAGUACCUAGUAGCAAUUAAAUACAACACCUAGGUACAUAUCUAUUCAUAAAGACGAAAUUGUAUGAAACUAUUAAUAAUAAUGUGUUAAGCACUAUCGAAACACCCGCGCCAUCGAGUAACUUAUUUAUUACACUUUUCAACUCGUCACCUCAGAUUUGCGAUUCACCGGCUCUAAUGGAUUUGGAAUGCCGAAAUUAUUGUAAGAUAAAUUCCAAGCUAUUGAAGUUGAUUACAACGCGUUCAGGGACGAUUUGAAAUUACUGGAGAGAAGUCAACUUCUGCUGAAGGCACCAGAUGGGCUAAAAAAUAGUGGUCAGGGUUUAGUGAAAGUUAUGAGUAAUUUAUAGCAAAAGUUGAUGACUUCGGAAUUUUUCAAAAAUUUGCGAUAAAAAAAGUGGGUAUCUAAGUACCUACACUUUUCAAACGAUGAAAAAAAUUAUUUUUUUCUUCAUUUUUAGUUAACAUUUUCUUGUUUUCUUCGGCAUUUGAAAUUUUCGAACGAAAAAAUUCUGGUAAAAUGAAGAGCGACCACUUUUUGAAAAUGAUCAAAAAACUUAUCUUUUUAAUUUUUAGAAUCUCCGUGCGUAUUUAAAGUUAUUUACGUGUAAUCUAUUUUUAUAAAUUCAAAUGAUCAAAAUAAAGAGAAAAAAUUAUUACGAGAUUCAGUGCGGAGAUCUUCAUUUCAAAUUAAAAGUCGUCCAGAAAAAUUUCAGAUCGAUGCUCCCAUUAUACACAAAUGAAAAUAUUUCAACUGCCCUUCGCUCGAACAAAAUUGUUAUUGUAUAAAAAAAAGUGCUGUUUUGCUUCUUAAAUUAUCUAUUCAACAUUUUCAAAAGCUUUUGUCCUCGCUUUAACCGGGGCCAUGUAUUAUGUAAGCCUAAAAAAUUCAAAAAUCGCGUUUUCUGCCAUUUUCUGGAGUAAAAAUUUUACAAAUUAAUGCAUUACCUAUAUAUUUUUUUGCCAAUAUUAGUAUAAUAUCUACCAUUAUUUCCAGUUUUUGGCUGAAAUUGUCAAAAACUCUCGCUUUUUUAGCUCAAUUCAUUGAAAAUUUCAUUUUUUUUUCAACUUUGAAAAGUUUGACUUUUUUUUAAAGAAUUACACAAAUGUUUCACUGUUUUACCAGAAAUUGGGCCAAGAACCCCUCCUUAUGCCUGCUCUUCACAAAAAUUUGUCUAAGUUUUGCUUUUUCAAAAAUGAACAAAAUUUUCGUUUUUCAGCGAAAUGGCUACAAAGUGUUGGUUUUUUUUUUGUAGAAAAUUCCAAAAAAUUUUGGACAUCAUCAGAGAUUGCGGGAAAAAGUUGUUUUUUGGCACAUGAUUACUUUUUAUAAAAUGAGAUAAUUUUUGCUAAAGUUUUCAAAGUGCUGCUUUUUGACUUAAAUUCUCGUUAAGUAAGUAUUUUACAAAAUUGCCAAUAAUUUCCAAAAAAUCACGUUUGUGUUUUUUUUUUCUUAAACUUCAAUCCUUCAUGACCCUAAAUCGUGAAAAUUCCAGAUAAAUCGACAGUUUUUUCUAUUUCACAUGCAUUUUUUAAAAAAAACACCUCUCACUUUACUUAUGAGUGGUUUCAACAUGUUUUGAUAAAAGUGUUUGCUACAGAACUUCAAGUUGAACCCCGCGAGUUGUGACCAGGUGAAUAUGUCGAUAAAGGUUGUUGCUUCGACACCCCCUAGUUGGCACAACCAGAAAAUUGAUAUUUGUUAGCAUGAGGUCACAAUUUUACAAUUACCCCGUUUUUGCAAUUACCCCACUCUACCUUACAGGUAAUUACGACAAAAAUAAACGAUAACAAUAUUUACGCGAAUUUUGCUUAUUUUUUAACAUGUAUUAUGUGUCCCUUUUUGAGCUCGAGUAUGUGGUGUAGAUUUAUCGAUUAAUUGUGCAUUUUCGAGUGAUUAUUGUAUCUGUGUGAUAUAACCUUUUAAUACAUUUGUUUACAUGUAAUUGUGUUCUCUCUUUGUUAAUUUAUUAUUGAUUGUCGUGGGUAAUACUGGUAUCGUAUAAGUGAAAUGUAAUUAGCUGGGAUAAGUACCUAAUAAUUGCCAACCUGCUUAUCGAGUAUACCUCCUACGUAAUAAUAAUAUUUUAUCAUAGUUACUCCAUAUACUUGUAAAGUUUGAAUAUUGAUGACUUUAACAUAGGUAUACCUAUUAUUAAAAAUUUAAAAUCCUGUAAUUGCAUGUUAAAAAAGACAUUACAAUAAUAAUAGGUGCGUGUAACUUACAAAGUAUCUACCCCCUGGAAGGUACUGAGAAGGGUCAUCCCUAACAAAAAUCAGUAUUCAUUCAAAUUUACAACCUAUAGGUACAUACUAAUCCGACGAUUGAAAAUUAUGAAUGUGUUGAAAGAUAUCGUGAAAAUUUUGAACCAAGUUCGUGGCAAAGAGAAUAUCUUCGGAUACAAAUCGACGAUCGCGAAUCAGUUCUAUUUGGUGUAUUGUUUCUUGGGAGAAGUAUACUUCAGCACUACGUUUCACCGGCACACCAAAAUAUUUUUGUUUUCAUGGCAAAUUUCUGGAUUUUUGGCAGGCUGUAUUCAACCAGUAUCCUAUUUAUUUUAUGGUGGUAACGAAGAUGCAGCUGCGUUCAUAUAUACGAUAUUCAUAAUCAUGAUUAUUGUCUUUUGCUACGUUCUAGUACCAUACACCUCAGUGAUUCGCUACCGCAGUGAUUUACUCGAUGCGAUCCAAAUAGCGGAUCAUAUUAUUAUGAAAAGGAAACUGGAUGACCAUAAAACGGAAAAGGAAUUGAAUUUGGGAAAAGGGAUCAAGCUUAUUGUUCUACACAACUGUUUAACUAUUGCAGUAUAUAGUUUAAUUUGUUGUGUGAGUGUAUUGCUUUUUUAUGAAGAGGAAAAGGUUAAAAACCAUAUUUACUACCACGUUCACCCACCGAGAAUCGAGCAAUACGGAUCGUUGUCAUUUUUCCUGAUCUUUAGCAUUGGGACAAAUUUAGCUUCUAUUUUAUUAUACUUAAUCCUUCCCAUGAUCUCAUUCAUUUUUACAUUUUGCGGUAUUCUAUUUCACAAUGAAAUACAAAAAAUCAUCGAAGACCUAAAUUCGCUGAGCUCAGAUCCCAUCACAAUUGAAUCAUACAAAAGCAUGCAACCCAAAUUCAAAAACGCUAUCAUCAAAUGUGACAAGGAUUAUCAACGCGCUAUCAAAAUGAUUGAACGUUUUCGUGGAUUUUAUGAAGCAUUAGCAGAUUUUAUAUUGCCAUGUAUGCUUUAUAUUCAGGUCGCUCAUGCUUUUUUCUUCAUAUCACCCAAUAUCUCAAUCACAGUGAGAAUGAGAGAACUAUCUGUGUUUCUUAGCACGAUUCAAUGGGUAUUUGUGCUAUGUUGGACGGGAGACAUAAUAGACGACUCGGCAGCGGCAUUGAGUUUUGCUGUAUAUUCUACACCGUGGUAUUGGUGCACAUCAAUGCGUAAAGAUGUUUACAUACUCCUGUGUCAAACUCAAAGACCAAUCUCUGCAAGAGCGCUGGGAGUUUAUCCUCUUUGCUUGAUAACAUUCUUACGGUUCAUGAAUGUUAUACAAUCGUCCGUUAAUAUUCUACGAACGAUUACUUCAAAAUAAGAUAAAGUCAUCAUGGACUCAGUUCGUUCUACACAUAGGUUAUUAUAAAUACAUAAAUUAUAGGCCUGUAUGGCUGCAAAGUGCAGAAUGUGAAUUUUAUGAUGAAAACUCAGAAUUGGUACUCGAAAACAAAAAAGUGAUUGAUAGGUAUCAACUUUUAAGUAUCUAACAAUAAGCUUGCUCUAGGAAGUAGGAACACAUCAAUUUAAUGGUCGAACGAGCACUUUCUAAUUUAACCUAAUGAAAUAAUCUGGAUACGAUAUGUAUUUUUUGUAUCACAUUUUCGAGUUUCACAAACGUCACAUGGGCUAUAAUAAAUAAUGUGCAGAAGGAGCACCAGGACGCAAAAUUAUGCUUACGUAAGCAUUAUGUGUUGUAGCAACAUUAUGUACCUAUAAGUAUACUUAACACAUAAUACAUUUUAUAAAGACGAAAUUUGUUUGAAACAUAUGCAUCAUAUAAACGAUCGUGUUAAGCAUUAUCGACACGCCAAGGUA